AUGGCCAAAUGCAGAGUGAGGGCAGCAGAGGAAAAGCAGCGUAACGGCACCAUGUCGGCAAGUCACGGGGUGAACCGCAGCGGCAUCUACAACUACUUCCUAAACAUGGUGGCCUAUCAGAUCUGCUGUUGCUGUGGACCGGCUCCCUGCUCGCUCUGCUGUGCCUUCUGUCCUCCGGUCAAAUCGUCCACCAGCACGCGGAUCAUGUACACGCUGUUCCACAUCAUGAGUUGUGCCGUCUCCUGCCUCAUGUUGUCCCAAACCGUCUCUGAGCUCGUCAGGGAAAAUGUGCCUUUCUUUAACGUGGUGUGUGACCAGGCACAUGGUGGGGGUCACUGUGAGAUGCUAGUCGGCUACUCUGCCGUUUACAGAGUCUGCUUUGGCACAUCCUGUUUCUAUCUGAUGAUGGCGAUCUUCCUCAUAGACGUGAAGUCAAGUCAGGACUUCAGAGCGCUUAUACACAACGGUUUCUGGUUUGUCAAGUUCAUCACCCUGCUGGGGACGUGCACCGCUGCCUUCUUCAUCCCAACAGAGUCCUUCCUACAUGCUUGGCAUUAUGUUGGUGUGGUGGGAGGAUUUGCCUUCAUCCUCAUCCAACUCAUCCUUAUCACAGCUUUUGCACACACCUGGAACAAGAACUGGUUGACCGGAGCAGCAGAGAACAAGCGUUGGUAUCUGGCGGUGACAUGUGCCACGCUCUUCUUCUACACAAUCGCCACCAUGGCCUUCACCUUCAUGUACAAGUACUACACCCACCCCAUCGCCUGCCAGCUCAACAAGGCCCUGCUGUGGAUCAACCUGGGGCUCUGCGGCCUCAUGUCCUUCAUAGCCGUCACGCCGUGCGUCAAGCAGAAGCAACCUCGAUCAGGACUCCUUCAAGCCUCCAUCAUCAGCUGUUACGUCAUGUACCUUACUUUCUCUGCGCUGUCCAGCCGCCCGCAAGAGCAAAUUGUGUAUCAGGGCAUGAACAUGACCGUCUGUUACCCCAGUACGGGGCAAGAAGGCAUCCAGAAGGAAGGCAACGCCGUGGCAAUCAUCGGGGCCGCCAUCAUGUACUGCUGUGUGCUCUUUGCAUGUAAUGAAGCUUCGUACCUGGCCGAGAUGUUUGGUCCAUUUUGGAUGAUCAAAGUUUACCGUUAUGAGUUUCAGAAAGCGACCUGCUGCUUCUGCUGCCCUGAGGAGGAGGAAGUGGAUGAGGAGUUCGCGAUUGACGACGAGCACAAAGGCUGUCAGAAGGUCAUUCAUAAUGAGACGCAGAGAGUGGCUUACAGCUACUUCUUCUUUCAUUUUGUCUUCUUCCUGGCCUCGCUCUACGUCAUGAUGACCCUUACUAACUGGUUCAGCUACGAGUCAGCCGUGUUGGAGACCACGUUCACCCACGGCAGCUGGUCCACCUUCUGGGUGAAGAUGUCGUCCUGUUGGGCCUGCGUCAUCCUCUACCUUUGGCUCCUGCUGGGUCCUCUGUGCAGAUGUCAGACUGAAUCCAGACCUCGACGCUCACGCAUCAAACGACGCUCAGCAUCCUCCCGCCACGUCUCCGUCAGCGUCUGA